AUCAGGGAAUACAAUGGACAAAUGCAGGGAGUUAACAGUGCAGGAUUUGCAUCCUUGACAUUUGAUGGAACUGUAGGAGCAGCAUUAGUUCCUCGAACUUCUAGCAAAGUGUACACUUUCAUGGAUGAAGAACGGAAAACAAUAGAAGAAUUACGUGUUUGGGCAGCGAGUAAUCUUUCCUCCUCUGGACCAGCAGCAAAAUUGUCUGGUGUUGAGCCAACCCUGUUCUUUGAUCUCACUUGCCAGCUGGUAGGAAAAGCAAAAGUGGAUGGAUCUUCUUUUCUUCUAAAGGUGUGGGAUGGCACAAAAUGUCCCUACCCAACCUGGAAGGUGCCUGUGGAAGCAAGAGACCUGGAAGGAGAAAUAGGUCGUCUUUAUCAGCUGCGAGAUCUAACAGUGGACAUUCUAGUCUAUGAUAACCAUGUACAGCUGGCAAAAUCACUUAAGAUCGGAAGUUUUCUGAGGAUUUACAGUAUUCACACGAAACAAGCAAGUGCUGACAAUGAACAGAUCUCACGUGUAGAGUUUCAUCUUCACGGUGGCACCUGUUAUGGGCGAGGAAUAGGAGUCUUGCCAGAGAAUAACCCGGACAUUAAGGAACUAAAAGAAUUCUUAGAAUCUGUGGAACUGGAAGACAGUCUGAAUAUGGAAAGCAUGUCUUCAGUGGAAUUGGAUGACACUUUUAACUAUAUUACAGAUUCUGAAGCACACCUACAGAGAUGUCAGCUGUUAUCGGUUACAGUAUUAACAGAUCAUCAGCAUUUGGAUAACACAGAACUGAAAACCAUUCUGAACAGCACGGCUCCUCAACAGUACCGCAUUAGAGCAAAGCUGAGAACAUACAAACCCCAGAAACUCUAUCAGUCUAUUAAACUUCAUUGUUCCAAAUGCAACUCUUUGCAGGAAGUUCCAGAUGGAGAUGACUUUGACUUAAUUUUACAAGACUCUGCCGUUACUGCCCCAAACCCAGAAUUGCACAGUACGUCCUGGUAUGAUUCUGUAACGUGGACUACGCAAGACGAGAAACAAAGAAAAAUAGCUAUCCAUUUUGUAAAGCAUGAUGAACUGCUUCAGCAGCCUGAAAAUACUUUGCUUAUGAUAGAAGGUGGAACACAAAAAGAAGUCUGGAAGCUUGCAAAAAGAUUUAAAUGUGUUAUUCCUGUGAGAUCCACGGAAGAUGAUCUUGAAUUACUAGAUCUUUCAGCUCCUUUUCUUUUAAAAGGAAGCAUAAAAUAUUAUGGGUGCAAGCAGUGUUCAGCUCCAAAGCCUGUCAGGAGCCUAAGUUCCAUCGCAGUGGAACAACAGCCGUCGUGGGAACCAACUGAAAUAGCACAAGUUUUAGGUAUUGAGCUGCUCCGGUAUGUUUUUGUUAUGAAGUUUACACUGGAUGAUGGAACAGGAGCACUAGAUGCAUACCUUUUUGAUGAUGAAAAGUUUUUCCAAAUUCCUGCCUCUGAAAUUUUAACUAAUGAUUUUCUUCAGCAAAAGAUGCAGAUAGCCAUGGAUAUGCUUUGCCCUUCAGGAAGAAAAUUAGAUGACUUGCCGUGGCUGGAAUGCUUCAUCCGGUCAUAUAAUGUCAGAGAUGUGACGAAACAUCAAGUUUGUUACCAAAUUUUUGACACUACAGUUGCUGAAGAUAUAUAG